AUGGGCGACAACUCACCUCCAUUCCUUUACGACCAUGUGUCCCACAACCGCUUCUACGGUCAGCCCGAGGCUCCCUUCAAUCCCAAGGCAGUGACACAGGCGAGCUGGACUCGGCCGGAACCGAAGCCCCAGCCAAAGGCCCCGUACGUGGAUUUAAAUCGUCAUCCAGACUCGUACUUCACCCUCCCCGAUGGCAAGUCGAAAUGGACUCCGAUGAGCCCCAAAACAAAGGGUCGAGUGAUCAAUGGGAGAAAGGUGCAACUUGGCUUGCGUGUCAUUGCUCUUCUAGGGGCUCUCGGGUCCUUGUUUUGCUCCAUCGUGAUCAAGAAUGUCGCAACCACUGUGGUCUGGAUAGUCAGAGUCGGAGUAAAGCUAACCCCCCUCCAGCCUGCCAUCGCAAUCUUACAUACACUGUAUGGCAUCUACAACCUGAGCCGCCCCCCAAUCGCUAGACCUCCCGGUACUCAAGCCACUUAUAUGCUGUUUGCCGCCACUUUUGACUUGGGACUAAUCCCGUUCUACGUCUUUGCUGCCUAUCUGGGCUACGAGGAAUACGUCUUCAAUGAUUACGAUUGGACUACGCUGUUAAGCUCUGAUCCUCAUGUGACCUUCAAGAUUGCAAGGGCCAUGUUCCUUCUGGGUAUUAUCGAUGGAGGUCUUCAUGCGAUAUCUCUUGGAAUUUCUCUCUUUUUGGGUAAUAUCUUCCGCCAAAUCACCCGGUUGCCUCCGGACAUGAACCCGCUGGAAGACAACUUGACUGCCCGUCCCCUUAAGCAGACCAAGUCGGAGAUCAUGGAAAAGCGCGCCAGCAAAUCCACUUUGGGAUCAGACCAUGUCUCCAGCGAAGAUCCAUUGAUCGGCGUUCCUCCCAAUGUGCCGUUCACAGAAACCCGCACCAACUCAGCCCUCAAUGGCUACGGCCGAUUUGCCUCUGACCUUGCAGACGCAAGACGGCCACUUCAAGUACCAGAUGCUCCUCCUAUGCCUCCCAUGCUACGCGUUGACUCCAUGCCCUUCCACCGACCGAAUGAUAUGACGGAUGACCUCACCACGAUCGGGUCGCCCAUAGAGGGUUCAGACAUCUUCACCAGACCGACGACAACGAUUCCUCGGGCCUCCCCAGUUCGCGAGCGCACUCCUUCCGUCCCCAUUCGAUCGCAAUGCGGCAGUCCCGCUUCGGACAACUGGAUUGUGUUUGCAUCGCGAUCAGGCACGCCGGUAGAGGAACCACAAGAUGAGCACCCAGCCCCUCGUGACCCGUCCUCUGUGUACAGCAGAGAACAAGAAGCCGCAGCUCCUUCCAAGGGCGGCGUGAUGGACUGGUUCAGCCCCCAACGAUACGGUUUGAACAUUGGAGAGGCGAUUACUGAAAACGUACGCGGCGAGUACGAGUCCGUCGCGGUCAACGAACACUACGGCACCGAUGACGACGUCCAUGACAUGCUGUAUCAGUCUGGACUUUACGACCAUGUCGAACAGGAUAUUGGGGAUCACCACAUUGAUAUUUUCCAAGACCACGAAGAACUCGACGAAGACACGCUCAACUCCCUUCGCGUCAACCCGUUGGCGCUAAACCCGCCCUCCCCUCAACCCAAACCAGACGAGCCCCAGAACCGCGUUCCCAGUGGCCGCAUAGCGCUCACCGACAUCCCCAAUCUCUCCCCCAAGCCUCCAGUUGAAGAGCCCGUCCUCGAUAGUCCGCAGAAAAACGGAAACUUCUACGGAGACCUGGACACCAAGCCUGCCCUGGGCACUCCUCGCAAGGCCAGUCAAAAGAAGAACAGCAAAGUCACGAUCAGGAAGGGCCAGAAGUUCAACGCCUACGGCGCCCUCAAACAGCACGAUGAUAGCGAUGAGCACGGUCUGGGCGUCCCCCACGCCGACCCCGCUACAAUCGACGGCGAUCGCAAGGGCCGCGUCGUUAGUAACUCCGGAGCUGAUACCAUAGGAGCUGGCCCGUCCCUAUCAUAUGGCAACUACAUUGCGGGACUUGGAGUCGGUCGGAGACGAGACGUCAGCGGCAAAAUGGCGGAGGAGGGCCGAGUCGAGAUCACUACUGACCCCCGAGACGAGACUUCCACCACUCCCAUCCGGGCUGCUGGCUGGGCACGCUUCGCCGGGUUAUAGUUGGAACUUUGAAAGCCUUUACCCCCCUCCCCUCAAUCGGAAGAUACCCACCCCACAGGAAUGAAAAAAGAAAGAAAACUGAAACGAUAUGGGAUUCUCUACUGGAAUUAUGAUUUUGAUGGAGAUGCACUGACUGGUUAUGAGAGGAUUUUUGUCUACGAUUGAUGUGAUUUAUGGAUGCCUUUUUUUUGUUUUUAUUUGUGAUACUCCCCUUUGUUUCUGCUUGUUUCUGAUGUAGACAAGUACAGAUAGGUAGCUAGCUUAGCAUACAUACAUACAUAUAACCAAACAAAUAACAAGAACAUAACAAAAGACUGGACUGCGUCAGAGUAUAUUCAGUGAGAUGAUUAGAUACAA